UCUUAUGGUCCGGUGCGCAAUUUAUCCCUUGACUGCUGUUGUUGCUGUCUUUACUGUACGGAGACUCGACAUCGUCUGGACCUGUUCAGAUUCUCGAUCUCAUAGCUAAGGACGUAAUAGAACAAAGAGCUAUUGCAUUUUCCUUCUUCGUCAUAAUCUGCGUGAUCUGCAGGAGGAGAAAUUUAAGACCGUAUCAGGGAGAAAGCAAUUUUCCUUAGUGCUUUCCGUUGUCAAAUGACAGCUUAUUUUAAGAAUAUUCUUAUUUUAAAUAUAAGUAUGUGUUGGUUCGAUUUAUUCUGCAUGUCAAGCAGAAAACAGGGCUCAUUUAUCUGAGUUUAUUUAUUUUCAGUUUUGAAUGUUUCCCUGUUUUCACCCAGCUUGAAUCAUUGUAUGUAUAGUCCAAGAUUUCUAUGAGGUUAGAUUUGGCAAAAUUUUUGUUCAUCCAAGGCCGAUGGCCCCAAACCAAGAUAAGAGCAGGUUCCGGUUCCAUUUAAAAACCAGAUGCAGUUACCUGCCUUUGUCAAAUAUGUCAAGGCUGUCAGGAGAGCUGUUUGCCUUGAGCAUCACCAAGGCACCUUGGACUCAUGUGGCCUAGGAAAUAACAGAUCGAUGUUGUGCUUACGAUAAAUACAGAGACAAAAAGAUAAGGAACAUAAGUGUCUGCAAAGGCCGUGGAGAAAUAUUUAAUAGAUACGUUUUGUUUCAAACGCCAUGACACACUCCCGCAGCAACUGCAUUGAUCAUUUUUGUAAAUGGAGUGCGCUCUGACCUUGGUUUUGUGAUAGUAAAUUCAUAUUUCAAUUUUGCAACAUAUUCAUGUUAAUUUUGAUAGGCAAAUGCCUUUUUUCUGAUUUGCAUUACAGAUUUAACUAUAACAAAGACCAACAGUUGCUGUACAGUAACCAGCUAUGGCUGACAAAGGGACUAAUGCAGUGACUGUGUUGUUCUGCCUAAUUCUGAAUCUUUGCAGUGCUGUGCUGAUCAUUCUGCUCAACAAGACACUCUACACCUUGUACGGCUGCCCGAACAUCACACUGACCUUUAUCCACUUUCUUAUGACAUCUGCUGGGCUUAUUAUUUGUGAAAGACUGAAUGUUUUUCAAGUGAAAAUUCUACCGUUUAGAAGUAUGCUUCCCCUGGCACUGACAUUUUGUGGAUUUGUUGUUUUGACAAACCUGUCCUUACAGAGCAACACUGUUGGUACUUACCAGCUGAUCAAAACAAUGACAACCCCUUGCAUCAUUGCAAUCCAAACUUUUGCCUACAGUCGACGUUUUUCUUUUCAUGUGAAAUGCACUGUGAUUCCCAUUACCUUAGGUGUUUUGAUGAAUUCCUACUAUGAUAUCAAAUUUAAUGUCAUAGGGAUAAUAUUUGCUGUAAGUGGAGUGAUGGUAACAUCUCUGUACCAAGUGUGGGUUGCAGAAAAGCAGCAUGAGUUUCAGGUCAACCCUAUGCAGCUGCUGUUUUAUCAAGCCCCACUUUCAGCUUUACUUUUGGUACCAGUUGUACCUAUUUUAGAGUCACCAUGGGCUCAUAUGUUUUCUUGGUCCUUCGAAACUUUGGCUUUAAUAUUUCUGUCUGGACUUGUGGCUUUUAUGGUCAAUUUGUCUAGCUAUUGGAUAUUAAAGGCCACCUCGCCAAUGACAUAUAAUAUGGUGGGACAUCUAAAGUUUUGUUUAACAUUGCUUGGAGGCUAUGUCAUAUUCCAGGAGUCCAUUCAAAUACUUCAGGUAUUUGGAAUCAUCAUGACACUAUCAGGAAUCCUGGCAUACACCUAUUUUAAGAUGGAAGAACAAAAAAAGAGUCAUCUGCCUCAUUCUGUAGUUUCCUUCUCGAAAGGCAACAACUCAUGAAUGAAGUCCCUUACAGCCAUUACAAGCAGCGUAAAACUUAAACUCAGGCUACUAUUAUUUUUGUGCAUGUGUAUGUUGAAACGUAGCGUCCUCGUAUUAUGAUCCAUUUUAUACAUGCAGGUAACCAUGUAUGCCACAGAAUAAUGUUUACCAGUUCAUGACAUAACCACAUGAAUGACCUAAAAUUUCACCCAUUACAAAGCUGCUCAUAUUGCCUCAUUCUGAGAAUUGUGUUGAACUUAAAAGGGUGUUUUGAAGUUUGUGCGUUUAAGGUCGGACGAUAUCUCACGGGGAAAAUGUAUCUUUCAGCACCAAACGUAAUAUUUUAUGACAUUUAUUUGCCGCUAAAAAAGCAUGUGAUGGGGAGGAAUUUUAGGUUAUUUACUGUUCACUGUCUUAAUAGGGAGGAGAGACUAAGUCCAUGUUGUUACAUUUUUAUUUAAUUUAAGUGUUGUGGAAACUAUUUACCACAGUGUCUUCUUACUCAGUAUACAUGUACAAACAGGGGCCCCUGUGGUUAGCGUCCCAGCACGGUGCCAUGACCCAGGAGCCUUUCAUCAAUGCAGUCGCUCCAAGUUUAAGUCUAGCUUAUGCUGGCUUCCUCCCCGCGACGUAAGUGGGAAGGCCUUCCAGCAACUUGCGGAUGGUUAUGGGUUCCCCCCAGGUUCUGCAUGAUUUCUUCACACCAUAAUGCUGGUCGCUGUCAUAUAAGUGAAAUAUUCUCAACUACUAUUCAGACAUGUUUUAAUGUGGAGGGAUAACCGAUAGCCAGGGUUCAUGUUUUAGAACUGACUACACAUGUAAAUCAAUUUAUAUUUGUACUAAUUUUUGUUUUAAAUCACUGCUAUAGAUAUGUGUAUUAUAAACUAUGAACAUUCGAUUUCUUGCCUUGUGAGAGUAGGCCCCGAGAUGCUGCAUGGACAAUGUGCAUGUUAUAAACGAUAAUCUCUAAAGGGUUAUCUUGUCACCAUCUUCAGUUUACCCAGCCUUAAAUUGAUGGUGCAUCUAUGAAAUUAUGGAACCUUGUAUCAAACUUGGGGAUUCAAAUUUGGGGAGUAGCAUGUAUGUCCCUUUCUUGCCCCUAGACUUAGAGGAAGAUUUAUAUGGAUUACCAGAAUUGAACAUUUUGAUGCUAAAUUCUUUUUUUUUUUUUUUGCAUCUGUUGCAUUGGAGUUGGACUGGUGCCUGUAUUUCCAUGUCCUUCAAUAAAAAUUAUGUACUACUGUAUGGAGUGAGAUCGUAUUAAGUCAUGUAGGCUGAAAUUUAGGGGCAAAGAAAUGCUGAUAAAUGCACUCCACCCUCUAGAACCUCUAAAACUUUUCAUUCACAUGAUAUUACAAACAUGAUCAUAGUGGAAAAUUCUUGAGUGUGGUGUUAAACACCAAUGAAAUAAAUUAACUGAGUUUGUAUCAAGUAUAAUAAGAGGUUAUCUGAAGAUUGAAUAAAAUAUACUGUUACUGAAUUGGAACACAACACUGCUUUACACACAUGUAAAACGAAAUUGGCCUUCUUGUAAUAUACUUCUAUGUAUUUAUGUAGUUUCUUAUGUUACCUUUGUUACAUGUUAAAUUAUGGAGAUUAUCUGAAAAUUUUGACUGUCUGAAUAAAAUGAACUAAAAAAGUUCACACUUGGUGCUGAUACCUUCCAGGAAGUAAGAAAGGUGUGACAUGGAUUCUGCUUUGAUGCCUAGUACAGGGUAAUAGUAUAUUUUGGCUGUUUGCAGAUGUAUACACCAGUAUGGCUAGUCUUUUUGCUGCCAGUGCAGUGCAUCAGUUUUAAACUGAUUGUUUGAUUUCACCAUGUCCAGGUAUUUUCAUGUAAACCAUCCAUCCUUUUUUAUAAAUGGUUGGCAUGUACUAGUCAUUAUAUUGUUGGACAUUGUCAUUGGCUUUGCUAAAACUGAGAUAAGCAUAGGUCUACUGGAAUAAACUAUACUUUCAACUACA